UCUCAUGGCCAGAACUUCCCCCAAACUCAUCGUUCUCUUAACCAUCUUUACCUUCUUUAUUGUCCACAGCAAAUCUGAUGGCUUCUCUCGAAGGACUCUUUCACUGGGAUCUAAGCGGCUUAAGCAUGAGAAGAUGAGUCACCUUCACUUCUACUUCCAUGACACUACUAAAGGUCGUAACCCAACUGCCAUUAGGGUUGCUGAAGCACCAUCAACUAAAACAUCAGCAACAGCUUUUGGUGCUGUGGUGGUGAUGGAUGACCCAUUAACGGAGACACCAGAAGCUACGUCGAAGCUGGUGGGAAGAGCUCAGGGGAUCUACGCUUUCGCAUCACAGAGCGAAGUGGCUCUCUUAAUGACCCUUAAUUUUGUUUUCAUGGAAGGGAAGUAUAAUGGGAGCACACUUAGCAUAUUAGGAAGAAACGCAGUGUUCUCAGAUGUGAGAGAGAUGCCGGUGGUCGGAGGGAGUGGGAUUUUCUGGUUUGCCCGGGGUUAUGCUCUUGCCAAGACUCACUCCUUCGACAACACCACAAAUGGGGAUGCAGUGGUUGAGUACAAUAUCUAUGUCAUCCAUUACUGAUACAUGAUGCUCGACAUUUUUUUUU